AUGAGCAGGUCUCGCGCCUCCAUCCAUCGGGGGAGCAUCCCCGCGAUGUCCUAUGCCCCCUUCAGAGAUGUACGGGGACCCCCUAUGCACCGAACCCAAUACGUUCAUUCCCCAUAUGAUCGUCCUGGUUGGAACCCUCGGUUCUGCAUCAUCUCUGGGAACCAGCUUCUCAUGCUGGAUGAGGACGAGAUACACCCCCUUCUGAUCCGGGACCGGAGGAGCGACUCCAGCCGCAACAAACUGCUGAGACGCACAGUCUCCGUGCCGGUGGAGGGGCGGCCCCACGGCGAGCAUGAGUACCACUUGGGCCGCUCGCGGAGGAAGAGUGUCCCCGGGGGGAAGCAGUACAGCAUGGAGGCCGCCCCCGCUGCGCCCUUCCGGCCCUCGCAAGGCUUCCUGAGCCGGAGGCUGAAAAGCUCCAUCAAGCGCACGAAGUCCCAGCCCAAACUUGACCGGACCAGCAGCUUUCGCCAGAUCCUGCCUCGCUUCCGAAGUGCUGACCAUGACCGGGCCCGGCUGAUGCAGAGCUUCAAGGAGUCGCAUUCUCACGAGUCCUUGCUGAGUCCGAGCAGUGCAGCCGAAGCCUUAGAGCUCAACCUGGAUGAGGAUUCCAUCAUCAAGCCCGUGCACAGCUCCAUCCUGGGCCAGGAGUUCUGUUUUGAGGUGACAACAUCGUCAGGAACAAAAUGUUUUGCCUGUCGUUCUGCGGCCGAAAGGGACAAAUGGAUCGAGAACCUCCAGAGAGCAGUGAAGCCCAACAAGGACAACAGCCGCCGGGUGGACAACGUGUUGAAGCUGUGGAUCAUAGAGGCCCGGGAGCUGCCCCCCAAGAAGCGGUACUACUGCGAGCUGUGCCUGGACGACAUGCUGUACGCCCGCACCACCUCCAAGCCACGCUCGGCGUCGGGGGACACCGUCUUCUGGGGCGAGCACUUCGAGUUUAACAACCUGCCUGCGGUCCGCGCCCUGCGGCUGCACCUGUACCGCGACUCAGACAAAAAGCGCAAGAAGGACAAGGCGGGCUACGUGGGCCUGGUGACUGUGCCCGUGGCCACCCUGGCCGGGCGCCACUUCACAGAGCAGUGGUACCCCGUGGCCCUGCCCACUGGCAGUGGGGGCUCUGGGGGCAUGGGGGGCUCAGGAGGGGGCGGGGGGUCAGGGGGCGGGUCAGGGGGCAAGGGCAAAGGAGGCUGCCCGGCGGUGCGGCUGAAAGCACGUUACCAGACAAUGAGCAUCCUGCCCAUGGAGCUGUACAAGGAGUUCGCAGAGUACGUUACCAACCACUAUCGCAUGCUGUGUGCGGUCCUGGAGCCCGCCCUGAAUGUCAAGGGCAAGGAGGAGGUCGCCAGCGCCCUGGUUCACAUCCUGCAGAGCACGGGCAAGGCCAAGGACUUCCUUUCAGACAUGGCCAUGUCUGAGGUGGACAGGUUCAUGGAACGGGAGCACCUCAUAUUCCGCGAGAACACGCUCGCCACUAAAGCCAUAGAAGAGUACAUGCGACUGAUUGGUCAGAAAUACCUCAAGGAUGCCAUUGGGGAAUUUAUCCGAGCUCUGUACGAGUCUGAGGAGAACUGCGAGGUGGACCCCAUCAAGUGCACGGCGUCCAGUCUGGCAGAGCACCAGGCCAACCUGCGGAUGUGCUGUGAGUUGGCCCUGUGCAAGGUGGUCAACUCCCAUUGCGUGUUCCCGAGGGAGCUGAAGGAGGUGUUUGCGUCUUGGCGACUGCGCUGCGCAGAGCGGGGUCGGGAGGACAUCGCUGACCGGCUGAUCAGCGCCUCGCUCUUCCUGCGCUUCCUCUGCCCAGCCAUCAUGUCGCCCAGCCUCUUCGGGCUCAUGCAGGAGUAUCCGGAUGAGCAGACCUCACGAACCCUCACCCUCAUCGCCAAGGUCAUCCAGAACCUGGCCAACUUUUCCAAGUUUACCUCAAAGGAGGAAUUUCUGGGGUUCAUGAACGAGUUCCUGGAGCUGGAGUGGGGCUCCAUGCAGCAGUUCCUGUAUGAGAUCUCCAACCUGGACACGCUGACCAACAGCAGCAGCUUUGAGGGCUACAUCGACUUGGGCCGCGAGCUCUCCACACUGCAUGCCCUGCUCUGGGAGGUGCUGCCCCAGCUCAGCAAGGAAGCCCUCCUGAAGCUGGGCCCACUGCCCCGGCUCCUCAAUGACAUCAGCACAGCUCUGCGGAACCCCAAUAUCCAAAGGCAGCCGAGCCGCCAGAGCGAGCGGCCGCGGCCUCAGCCCGUGGUGCUGCGGGGCCCGUCGGCCGAGAUGCAGGGCUACAUGAUGCGGGACCUCAACAGCUCCAUCGACCUUCAGUCCUUCAUGGCGCGAGGCCUCAACAGCUCCAUGGACAUGGCUCGCCUCCCCUCCCCAACCAAGGAGAAGCCGCCCCCGCCGCCACCCGGCGCGGGGAAAGACCUGUUCUACGUGAGCCGCCCUCCCCUGGCCCGGUCCUCGCCAGCGUACUGCACGAGCAGCUCGGACAUCACAGAGCCGGAGCAGAAGAUGCUGAGUGUCAACAAGAGCGUCUCCAUGCUGGAUCUGCAGGGGGACGGGCCCGCGGGCCGCCUCAACAGCAGCAGCGUGUCCAACCUGGCCGCCGUCGGGGACCUGCUGCACUCCAGCCAGGCCUCGCUCACCGCCGCCCUGGGGCUGCGGCCCGCACCCGCUGGCCGCCUCUCCCAGGGGAGCGGCUCGUCCAUCACCGCGGCUGGCAUGCGCCUCAGCCAGAUGGGUGUCACCACGGACGGCGUUCCCGCCCAGCAACUACGCAUCCCCCUCUCCUUCCAGAACCCUCUCUUCCACAUGGCUGCUGAUGGGCCAGGUCCCCCAGGGGGCCACGGAGGGGGCGGUGGCCACGGCCCGCCUUCCUCCCAUCACCACCACCACCACCAUCACCACCACCGAGGGGGAGAGCCCCCAGGGGACACCUUCGCCCCGUUCCAUGGCUAUAGCAAGAGCGAGGACCUCUCCUCGGGGGUCCCCAAGCCCCCUGCCGCUUCCAUCCUUCACAGUCACAGCUACAGUGACGAGUUCGGACCCUCUGGUACUGACUUCACCCGCCGGCAGCUCUCCCUACAGGACAACCUGCAGCACAUGCUGUCCCCGCCCCAGAUCACCAUCGGUCCCCAGAGGCCCGCCCCCUCGGGGCCUGGAGGGGGGAGCGGCGGCGGGGGCGGCGGCGGGGGUGGUGGGGGCCAGCCGCCUCCACUGCAGAGGGGCAAGUCCCAGCAGUUGACAGUCAGCGCUGCCCAGAAGCCCCGGCCGUCCAGCGGGAAUCUAUUGCAGUCGCCGGAGCCCAGUUACGGCCCUGCCCGUCCCCGGCAACAGAGCCUCAGCAAGGAGGGCAGCAUUGGGGGCAGCGGGGGCAGCGGUGGCGGAGGGGGUGGGGGGCUCAAGCCCUCCAUCACCAAGCAGCAUUCACAGACGCCAUCCACGCUGAACCCCACAAUGCCAGCCUCUGAGCGGACGGUGGCCUGGGUCUCCAAUAUGCCCCACCUGUCGGCUGACAUCGAGAGUGCCCACAUCGAGCGGGAGGAGUACAAGCUCAAGGAGUACUCCAAGUCGAUGGAUGAGAGCCGGCUGGACAGGGUGAAGGAGUACGAGGAGGAGAUCCACUCCCUGAAGGAGCGGCUGCACAUGUCCAACCGGAAGCUGGAAGAGUAUGAGCGGAGGCUGCUGUCCCAGGAAGAACAGACCAGCAAAAUCCUGAUGCAGUAUCAGGCCCGCCUGGAGCAGAGCGAGAAGAGGCUAAGGCAGCAGCAGGUGGAGAAGGAUUCGCAGAUCAAGAGCAUCAUUGGCAGGCUGAUGCUGGUGGAGGAGGAGCUGCGCCGGGACCACCCCACCAUGGCUGAGCCACUGCCCGAGCCCAAGAAGAGGCUGCUCGACGCUCAGGAGAGGCAGCUUCCCCCCUUGGGUCCAACAAACCCGCGUGUGACGCUGGCCCCACCCUGGAACGGCCUGGCCCCCCCAGUCCCGCCCCCCCCACCCCGGCUGCAGAUCACCGAGAACGGCGAGUUCCGAAACACCGCAGACCACUAG